CAACCUCUGUCUUGUCUUGUCUUCUUUUUCUCUUAUUCUAAACAUUUGGAGGGAAGAAGAAGAAGAAUCAAACUCAUCCAAAAACAACCCCCGCUUUAAACGGACGACCAGGUUUUCUCACAAACCAAACUCAUCCAAAAAUAAUCAAGAUUUUGAUUAUCUUAAUUAUUUUUCUGUUGUAGUAACAACAUAUUCUGAUCAAAGUCAUUAUCGUCUUCAUCUUAAUUUCAGUUCCAUACGCAACUACUUCUUCUAUGUCAACCAACCACAAACAGAGAAAUUAACAAUUAUUACCAGAUUGACUCUAAUUUUGCUCUCCCUUCUUCUUCUCUGUAUAUUUCUCUGUGAUUUCAUUCAUUCAUUUAAUCCAAAUAUUCACACAGAUCAAGUCUGGGUUAUACUGCAACUUAUUGUGAUUGGAAAAUGGUGAGUCAUGGAUAUUGAGGAGAGGAAAUUUGGGUUGAUUUUUAAAAUGAUGAAAGAUAAGAAAGAUAUUAGACCUCUGUUGGUGAAACUAGGGGUUGCAUUUGCUUUGUCUUUUGCUGGAUUUGUAUAUUCUCAAUUCAAAAUCAGAAGAUUGAAUCAAUCAAUUACCCCUCCACCUUCACCAUCUGCUUCUUCUUCUUCAGGCAUGGUAGGUAAGAUCAAUGUUGGGGGUAAAGUAGGGGAGCUUCGAUCUCUUCCGGCUACGCCUUCCUCCGGUGAUGUUUCCGUUGCACAUGAAAUGGAAGAUGCAUCACACCAGAAGGUAAUAACCACAGAAAAUACUACUACAGUUGGCGUAUCUCCAAAGAGUACAAAUAGCAAACAUUUGGGGGAAGAAGAAGGAUACUUGUUGCCAGAAUUCAAUGACAUUGUGCACAAGGAUUUUGAAGUCCCAAGAAACAACAGCAACGGGGUUUCGCCGAGGAAAGAAGUGGAUUCGCCAACGUACAAAAGACUAGCAGAGAGGGAAACGGACCAAGAGCUCAUAAACUUGAGAAACAUGGUCAGAGUCCUUAGAGAAAGGGAGAGAAAUCUUGAAAUACAACUACUUGAAUAUUAUGGUCUUAAAGAACAGGAAACCGCGGUGAUGGAGCUUCAAAACCGAUUGAAGAUUAACACAAUGGAGGCUAAGCUAUUUACACUCAAGAUUGAGUCAUUGCAAGGAGAUAAUCAAAGGUUGGAGGCACAAGUAGCUGAUUAUUCAAGAGUUUUGGCUGAACUUGAAGCUGCAAGAGGAAAGAUAAAGAUGUUGAAGCGGAAAAUUAGGUCCGAUGGUGAGCAUAAUAAAGAAGAACUGUGUUCACUUAAGCAAAAGGUUGCAAACUUGCAAGAUCAAGAAUAUAGGGCUGUUUGGAAUGAUCCAGAAUUGCAAAAGAAGUUGCAGCGUCUAAAAGAGUUGGAGGAAGAAGCACCUGAACUCCGGAGAGCAAAUUUUAGACUGCAACGUGAAAAUGCAGACUUGGAAAGAAGGCUAGAGUCCACCCAAAUUCUGGCCGAGUCAGUGUUGGAGGUCCCAGAGACCGAAGAAUUGAAGGAGACAAACCAUCGUUUGAGAGAACAAAAUGAAGGAUUAGCGAAGGAAAUUGAACGACUCCAAGCAAAUCGAUGUGCUGAUGUAGAGGAGCUAGUCUAUUUAAGGUGGUUGAAUGCGUGCUUACGGUAUGAACUAAGAAAUUAUCAGGUCACACCAGGUAAAACAGUAGCAAGAGACCUAAGCAAAACGUUGAGCCCCAGAUCAGAAGCCAAAGCCAAGCAGUUGAUUCUUGAAUAUGCAAAUUCAGAGGGACUCGGGGAUAAAUCCAUUGGACUAAUGGACUUUGAUUUUGAAUACUGGUCAUCUUCUCAAGACUCAAACCUCACAGAAUCCUGUGACUUUGAUGAUUCUUCAGUAGAUCUUUCUGCCACAAAAUCACACACUUCAUCCAAAUCAAAAUUCAUUUCGAAACUAAAGAAAUUAGUUCAUGGGAAGCACCGACAUGGACAACACCGUGAUUCAUCAGCUGAGAGAAACUCUACAAGCUACACUGCCUCCGCGAGACGAGAAUCUGUUUCAGCAAGUUCAUAUGAUGAAAUGGUGGGAACAUAUUCUUGUAGUACCUCAAGCCAUUCAGCAACAAAUGUUGAUGCAAAAACAGACGAGAGUGGGACUAAAACCUCGCCGCUGUCUCAGAGUACAAUGAGAUCUUCCUUGGACAUGCAAAGGUUACGGACACUAAGCUUAGAUGACGUAAGGGAACUCCGGAGAAGAAAUAGUGAUGUUGGACCUUCCUAUACGUCAAAAAGAAUGGUUUUGAGAACCGAAAAUUCUCCUUUGCAGGAAAAUAUGUUGGAUGAAGAAGAUGCAGAUGGUAUUGAGAAGCUAGAAUUGAUCAAAUUUGCAGAAGCUUUAAAAGAUUCUAGUGGAAACUCAACCCCACGCAAAAGAGCUGCAUCCUAUACCUCAUUUUGAUUCACAAGUGUAUUUUAAAUCACACGCAUAUCGUAAUAUGGUUUGCGAUUAGUAGUAUAUAUUCAGAAUUUUGUUCUUACCCCAAUUGCUCGUCUUAUAUUUCUUUGACAGCAUGUGGGUUGUAAUUGUAAAUCAAUAGAGCUUUUAGAUUUGCAGAUAUAAGUAAAUUUUGUUUUUUAAAUGUGCAAA